AUGUAUUCGACAGUGAUUGCAUAUAUGAAUGUGUACGGUGCGUUUGAGAUACGACCCUAUAACUUAUUCGCGUGGAUUGCUCGUAGCCCUCUUCGCGAGGCGAUUUCACCGCGAAAUCAUGUCGGGUCAGUUGUUUGCUGCAUUGUACGUGUGUCUCUACCGCUUUCAAACAGCCGUCCAUGCAAUCCGUGCAACUGGAAGUCGAGCGUGUUGGUUGUUUUGGGAGAACAGCUGCAAUUAUUGGUAUGGCUUGGAGGACCGGUAUCGGUUGUUCGCGGACUCGAGCAGUUGCCGUUGUCGACGGUCCAUGUCCACAAUAUCCCAUUAUACUUCCUUCAAAAACCAGUGAAUGGAGUGGUUUACACUUGUAUGAUCCUAUUCGUUAUGGAGUCAGCUAUCAGCAAAUAUGAUAGGUUGCUAGCAGAUUAG